CUGCAGUCUCUGGUCAUCUCCUAUCUCUGUCACUGUGUCCGCAGUCUCUGGUCAUCUCCUGUACUGUGUCCGCAGUCUCUGUCAUCUCCUGUACUAGUGUCCGCAUUCUCUGGUCAUCUCCUGUACUGUGUCUGCAGUCUCUGGUCAUCUCCUGUACUAUGUCCGCAGUCUCUGGUCAUCUCCUGUACUAUGUCCGCAGUCUCUGGUCAUCUCCUGUACUAUAGUCCGCAGUCUCUGGUCAUCUCCUGUACUAUGUCCGCAGUCUCUGGUCAUCUCCUGUACUAUGUAUGGCAGUCUCAUGGUCAUCUCUUGUAUUAUGUCCGCAGUCUAUGGUCAUCUCCUGUAGUAUAUCUGCAGUCUCUGGUCAACUCCUGUAGUGACAUUCCGCAGUCUCUGGGUCAUUUCCUGUACUAUGUCGGUAGCAGGUCUCUGGUUAUUUCCUGCAUUAUGUCUGCAGUCCAUUGGUUCAGAUUAUUUUUUUUCUUGUUUCCCCCUUCUUCU